GAGAGGACCAGCGACAUCAUGGGUAGCGGUCUUGGGCCUGGCUCUCUCCUCCAGGGACAAGGAAGUCCAGGGGCAGGACCCGGGAUGGCCCCGCCCCUAACAGUGGAAAUAAACAAGGUGGCAAUGAACUAACCUUUGGGAGGAGAGGGGAGGCGCCGAGCCCCUGAAUGCGCGGGGCGCUCAGGAAGGGGGAGCCUACGGGACCGUUCAGGAUGCGGGGGGGGCUGCAGGGUUAGGGUAGCCAGUGUGGGAGCACUGGGGUGGGGGCAGGGGACAGGCGUUAAUUAGGCGCCUUCCAUGCCAGGCGUGCUUUAGGCCUUUCUGUUUGAGCCUCACAACAUUGUCUGUCCAACACGCCACAGCCGCUUCUAGACUGGGGGCGGGGACUCGAAGUGGGGUUCAGGGAAGGCGGCGCCUUUCCCUAGUCUGGAGGAGGAAUUCGGGGCUAAGCAGGGCAGGCCAGCACUUCAGGCAUGCGCACAUGAGCCUCGGGACUACAUUUCCCAGAGACUCGGCCGAUAACUCUCCCUGACUUCCGGGUGGAGUGCGUGGAGGGGGCUGCUCGGCUUCCGCGGUUUACGUCACUUCCAUCCUCUGCUGGGUGGACUCCACUACGGCCUUGGCUGCAACCGCAGCCCGAGGCCUCGAGUCCAGGGUUGGGGUGAAUCCGAGCUACACCCGCAGCCCGGCCGAGCGAAGAGAGCGGGAGAGCCAAAGCACCCGGCACAGGCUUCCGGAGCUUUUGGAAAGGGAGGCGGGGGAGGGGAGCCGCGCUUGCGCAGUCAGUCCUCUUCAAGGUGCUUCUGCAGCCACGCUCUCCCGCGAGGGGCGCGCCCAUUGGUCAGCACGAAGGAGGUGGGUCAGUCUCGGCUCCAAUCAGGAGCCACCUGGAAGACCUGCCCUCCGGGGGCGUGGCAGUCUUUCCCUCCAGCUGUUCUGCCCUCCCUCGUUUCACUUCAGUCCCGGCAGGGAUGGCCCCGGGGUUCCCGCCCGCCGACGCCCUCCAGGAGUCGGUGACCUUCAGUGACGUGGCCGUGGACUUCACCCUGGAGGAGUGGGGGUGCUUGUGCCCCCCUCAGAAGGAGAUGUACCGCGAGGUCAUGCUUGAGAACUAUAGGAACCUGGUCUGCCUGGGCCUGGCCAUGACCAAGCCAGACGUGAUCUCCCGGCUGGAGAGAGGGGAGGCCCCGGGGGCGCCAGGGGGAGACCUCGGCAGUGCAGAUUGGGGAACAGAGUCUGGUGUCGAAGAGUCAGCUCCAAAGCUUGGUACUUUUCUGGAAAAAUCAACCUUGGAGCAACUCACAAGGGGUCAUUUGUAUGUGUCCCAGUGGGAAGAAGCUUCAGAACAUGAUGUCAGAAUUCAUACUCCUGAAAAAUCUUAUAAAUGUAAUAAAUAUGAGAAAGCUUUCCACAAGAGCUCACAACUUACCAUAUACCCCAAAAUCCACCCUAGCAAGAAACUUCAUGAAUGUGAAGAAUGUGGGAAGACCUUCAGUGUGAGAACAGGUCUUACUCGACAUCAGAGAAUUCAUACCAGAGAGAAGCCUUAUGAGUGCAGUGACUGUCUGAAGGCCUUCAGUCAGCGAUCACACCUUACUCAGCACCAGAGACUUCACACAGGAGAAAGACCUUAUGAAUGUAAUGAGUGUGGGAAAGCCUUUAUUGUGAAAACCGGGCUUAUUCAGCAUCAGACAACUCAUACUGGGGAGAGACCUUACGAGUGUAACGAGUGCGGAAAAGGCUUCAGUUUGAGGACAGAUCUCACUCGACAUCAGAAACUUCACACCAGAGAGAAACCUUAUGAGUGUUUUGAAUGUGGAAAGGCUUUCCACUGGAGCUCCCACCUUACUCAGCAUCAGAGAAUUCACACUGGAGAGAAACCUUAUGGAUGCAGUGAGUGUGGGAAGGCUUUUCACCAGAGGUCAAGCCUUAAUGAACAUCAGAGAAUUCACACAGGAGAGAAACCUUAUGAAUGUAAUGAAUGUGGAAAGGCCUUCAGUAGGAGCUCACGACUUACUGUCCAUCAGAGAAUCCACACUGGAGAGAAACCCUAUGAAUGUAGUGAAUGCGGGAAAGCCUUUAGCAAGAGUUCACAACUUAUUGUACAUAAAAGAAUCCAUACUGGAGAGAAGCCUUAUGAGUGUAAUGAAUGUGCAAAGGCUUUCAGAAGUAGCUCAGGACUUAUUCAACAUCAAACCACUCAUACUGGAGAGAAACCUUAUGAAUGUAAUGAAUGUGGGAAGCCCUUCAGCCAUAGCUCACAUCUUAUUGUACAUCAAAGAAUUCAUACAGGAGAGAAACCUUAUGAAUGUAACGAAUGUGGGAAGACCUUCCGUUUGAAGACAAGUCUUACUCAACAUCAGAGAAUUCACACUGGAGAGAAGCCUUUUGAAUGUAACGAAUGUGGAAAGACCUUUAGUGUGAGAAAACGUCUCACUCUACAUAAGAGAAUUCAUAGCCGAGAGAAAACUUUAGAAUAUUUAGAAUGUGAGAAGACCUUCCAUGGGACAUCACAGCUUACUCUACAGGAGAGGAUUCAUCCUGGAGAGAAACGUUUUGAGUGUUUUGAAUGUGGGAAAGCCUUCCAUGGAAGCUCACAGCUCAUCCUACAUUGGAGAAUUCACACUGGGGAGAAACCUUUUGACUGCAUUGACUGUGGCAAGGCCUUCAGGCAGAGAUCACAGCUUACUGUACAUCAGAAAAUUCACACUGGAGAGAAACCUUAUGAGUGCAGUGAAUGUGGGAAGGCCUUCAUCCGCACAACAGAUCUCACUCGGCAUCAGAGGAUUCACACUGGAGAGAAACCUUAUGAAUGCAAUGAGUGUGGGAAGGCCUUUAGCCAAAGGUCCCAACUCACUGUUCAUCAAAGAAUUCAUUCUGGAGAGAAACCGUAUGAAUGUGAUGAGUGUGGGAAGGCCUUCAGUCAGAGAUCCCAGCUUCUUGUACAUCAGAGAAUUCAUUCAAGAAAGAAAUCUUAUCCUCCUUUAUCUUCUUUCAACAAUUAAGUACUUAGAGUUCUCUCCUUCUUUGCCUUUAGAUCAUCACAGUUAAAAGCUUUCUUCCUGCAUCUUUACUGUACAUUUUCUGUUUUUGUUGUGUCUUGGCAUUUUCCCCAUACUCAUUAAGUUGAUUAUUCUCCAAGAUUCUGUCCUGGACUCCCUCUCUUUUCCUUAUACUUGCUCUGUCGGGAAUGUCCCCCAGCCCUUUUUGGGUAAUUAGCAUGUUAAAAACAAAAAGAUCUUGUUGGGAAAUAAGUAAAAGCCAUGACAAUGAAGGCACAGGGUGACCUUGAGCAGGGUUAUGCUGGGCAUUUUCCCUUUUUGAAAUGGCCUUUAGGUUCAGAAUGUCUAAGGAUUUCCCAUUAUUUCCAUUUUACUGGUGUUGAAAUGGGGGGUUGACUGUUGUGGCAGCAGUGAGGAUUUGCCGUUCCUUUCAUCUGAAUGCGCCCACUGUCCUUCUGAGUGUCCUGCAGAACUCAUUCUCCUGGCCUGGGGGGCUGGCCCGCUUCCCACUAUCGCCAUGACCCUUGAGGACAUCACCAUCUGUCCAGUUUCCUAGGCUUGCACUCUUGACGUCAUUGUACCAUCUCCCCACUUGCCAAACUUGUUUCUUUCUUGACAGCUCUGCCCUUUGUCCCCUGCCCUUCCUCCCACAGCCACUGCCCUCGUCCAGCCCUUGUCCCCUUCCUCCUGGAUUACUGUAGCAGUCUUAUGUUUUGUGUCACCGGCCCAAGUCUGUACUGUUCCACCCCCCACACAAAAUUGCCAAAGCACAGUCCGAGGACACCAUAUGUCUUCUUCCUAGCAAUUCCCUGUUUGACCUUUACAAUUCACUGCAACCUGAUUCCUUCCUACUUUUCUAAUCUUUUUCUAUUUGAGUCCCCUUAAAGCACAACUUGCCUUUCCUUAAACCCAGUACCUUUUGUCCCCAUACUGCCUUUUUCUCAGGCUGGGAAGGUUCUCCCUGUCAUGCUGAGCCCCUAACCCUGGGUUCCAUUAAGGAGUCACUAAAAGGCCUUCCCCUCUAAAAUUGUCCCCCAUCAGUUUGAUAUUGAUAUCAUUCCUACUGAUUUAUCCAUGCCUCCCUUUAAUUUGAGUUUCUUCAGGGUAGAGACUGUUUUGGGGGGGUGGCACAGUGAGCAUUUCUAAAAAUGCUUCUUAGUAUUGUAAUGAAUCAAAUAUCAGAGAUUCAGUAGAAUUUUUCCACAUCUAAGGCUAAUGUCCCUCACCCUGUCCCCUCAAUCAUGCAUGUCUUUUCUGUAUCAAAUUUUGCCAUCUGGCACAAAUAUUGCACAACUCUGAACCUAUUAAAAGGAAACGCCUUUACAAACGUUUUACUCA